GGAUGCGGAGUUCUAGGAUAUGUUGGACAUUGGGCUAGGUCUGGCGGCUAGACGUGAUCAUGAAAAGCGAUUGGCCUGCGGAUUUUGGAAUGAUCAACCAGCUCUAAGCAUUUUUUCACAAAAAGAGACAUGCUGCUUCUUCAUUCUCAGCUAAGAUGCUCCAUCAGAGUAUGUUCCAGACAUCUUCCAAACCAGUGCGCACGGUCCUGCUCGUCGGGGGCGGCGCCGGAGCGGCCGGCCGCCGCCGCCGCCGCCACCGCCGCCGACCGGCGGGAGGGACCCGGCCUGGAGGAGUUCUUGGCCGGCGAGGUGCCGGCCGGCGCCACCUGGCGCAGCUACGCCGGUCAGCUGCGCCGCCAGCCGGGGGACCGCGGCCGCCUCCGCCUGCCGCCCUGGCUCAAGACCGAGAUCCCCAUGGGGAAGAACUACACCAAGCUGAAAGACACACUGCGUGGUCUGAACCUGCACACCGUCUGCGAGGAGGCCAAGUGUCCCAACAUCGGCGAGUGCUGGGGAGGCGGUGAGGACUCGACGGCCACUGCCACCAUCAUGGUGCUGGGCGACACGUGCACACGCGGCUGCCGCUUCUGCUCGGUGAAGACGUCGCGCGCGCCGCCGCCGCCCGACCCGGCCGAGCCGACCAACACGGCGGCGGCCAUCGCCAGCUGGGGGCUCGACUACGUGGUGCUGACCAGCGUCGAUCGCGACGACUUGCCCGACGGCGGCGCCGCCCACUUCGCGCUCACCGCCGCGGAGAUCAAGCGCAGGUGACCUGACCCGGCGUGGUCUCACCCGACAGGAACUCGGCGAAUCCUGGUGGAGUGUCUGUCCGGAGACUUCCAGGGCGACCUGGACUGCGUGAAGACGGUGGUCGACUCCGGCCUAGACGUGUUCGCACACAACAUCGAGACGGUGGAGCGACUCACACCCCAAGUGCGGGAUCGGCGCGCUAAGUACAGGCAGUCGUUAGCGGUCCUCGAGCACGCCAAGCGGCUGCAGCCCGACCUGGUCACCAAGUCCUCCAUCAUGCUGGGCCUGGGCGAGACCGAGGAGGAGAUUCUGCAGACCAUGACAGACCUGCGGGCGGUGGGCGUGGACUGCCUCACUCUCGGCCAGUACAUGCAGCCAACCAAGCGGCACCUCAAGGUGGUCGAGUACGUGACACCCGCGCGGUUCGACCAGCUACGCGAGGCCGGCGAGCGGCUCGGCUUCCUGUACGUGGCCAGCGGACCCCUGGUGCGCAGCUCCUACAAGGCCGGCGAGUUCUUCAUCAAGAACGUCCUGCGGGACCGCAGACGGCAGAGCCCAGACGACGCGGCUUGAGCUCUCCCGGGAGUGCCGACGCUCGACGGCGGCUUCCGAGGGGUCUUCGGUGACGCGCUCCGCCGGACGCGGCCGGCGCUCCAGCGUGCUGGCUGCCGGAUGCGCUGUUGACGUGUGGCCGGCCGGACUGGCCACCAGGGUGGUGCAAUAUGUGAUGUGUAUGCGUAUCGUGCGCUGAGAGGCCUGGUGCCAUAGUCAGGGGCCGCCAGUGACCAGCUGGUGCAAAGCCGGACGUACCUCCGACAGCAGAUCUGGGAGUCAUGGAGCUAUCGCGGACAAGUGCUCGGGAACGGUAGCGCCUCUUGGUGACUGGGUGCCUGUCCCAACGCACCCAGUAGUGAUCGCCCGCGACGGACGCAUGCGUCGAGGGCGAUGUCCCCGCAAUGUUACCACAGCAGAGUGCCCGCUACUGAUGAUGAUUUGGGCUUUAGGGCGCCGAUGUGCGGGGAAGUAGCCAUAAAUCCCGGUGUGAUCCGGGCCCAGGCGAACUACUCAUGGGCUGCCAAUAUAUGCAGGCAAAUAUUGCGGCUGUUUCCAGCUCUUGUGUUAUCCGGGGCCAUGUUGUCCGGAGCUCCAGACAGCGGACAGCAGACGCGGCAUUCGAUUUCAAAUAUUGUCGAAAACAAACGACACGAUAUCUUGCCUGUGCCAGGCCAGGAUUUAUUUAUUAAAUAAACGAUGCGUCAUAAAACAACGAUUAUAAAAGGCCCCCGCUCGCGCCCGACGUCCCGCCGGCUCUUGUUGGAUACAUUGCCGCGACUGAUCCAUCGACGCAUCUGCACGCGGAGCAAUGCCGGGGCAUCCCGCGACGGCACGCGGAGCAAUGCCGGGGCAUCCCGCGACGGCACGCGGAGCAAUGCCGGGGCAUCCCGCGACAGCAUGCAGAGCGGUGGCGGGGCAUCCCACAGCGGCACAAGGAGCAAUGCCGGGUUAUCCCGCACCGGCACGCGGAGCGUUGCACCACGGUAUCUCGCACCGGGCCGUCGCGACGAGGAACCAAUGCGGUGGCGUCCGCCGCCCUCCCACCCGCGCCCUCGGCUGGCUGCUUGGGCACUCGCGAGGGAGCGCGAGCGUGGGAGAGUGCCGGCAGACCCGGACGACGUGUGGAGAGGGGGGGGGGGGGGGGAGACCACAAA